AUGAGUGUCUCCUUAGCAAGCCCAGACGGACGAGUUGUUGGUGGUGGAGUUGCUGGUUUGUUAGUAGCUGCAAGUCCAGUUCAAGUGGUUGUAGGAAGCUUUAUAUCUGGUAACCAACAUGAGCAAAAGCCGAAGAAGCCAAAACACGAUGUUGUAUUACCGGUUUCUACAUUUCCAAUCUCUAGUGUUGAACCAAAAUCAUACAAGACGACGACAACUAUGACAACAUCUUCGUUUCGUGCGGAAACAUGGUCACCUAAUGUAGUUCCAGAUUUAAGAAGUCAACCAACUGAUAUCAAUGUAUCAUUAACUAGUGGUUGAUAUAUAUUGUCGUUGUAUUGUUCAACCAUUACUGACCACAUCGUUGUCGAGGUUCUAUCCUGAGUAGGUGUCAUUGUUUGUUGUUUACGUUGAUGGACGAUUGACAAUUUUUUUUUUCUUUUUACAAGUAGUAUUUUAGUUUUGACACUCCUUUUUAGGUAGUAAUUGAAAGAUAUAUCAUUGUCUAGGGCUUCAACUAUGUUACGUAAUGUAGAAUAUAUAGUUUGAUUGCAAAAUUCUAGAUUCAACCUUUUAAUUUAAACUUGAUGGAUUCAGAUU